CUCCAAUCUGAGCUGGGUGAUUGGGUUGCAUGCGCCGUUCUUAUCUUCAUCCGGAAGCUGAUGGCUUGGGCGAGGAGCGCGAAGGCACGAACAUGAACCCUUUAACCAAGAUUAAGCUGAUCAACGAACUGAACGAGCGAGAGGUUCAGCUCGGGGUUGCAGAAAAGGUGUCCUGGCACUCGGAAUACAAGGACAGCGCCUGGAUUUUUCUUGGAGGGCUUCCUUAUGAACUGACAGAAGGAGACAUCAUCUGUGUGUUCUCACAAUAUGGGGAGAUUGUCAACAUUAAUCUUGUGAGAGACAAGAAGACUGGGAAAUCCAAAGGAUUCUGUUUCCUGUGUUAUGAAGAUCAGAGGAGCACAGUUCUGGCUGUUGACAAUUUUAAUGGAAUUAAGAUCAAAGGAAGGACUAUCCGUGUGGACCAUGUGUCAAACUACCGGGUUCCUGAGGAAUCAGAAGAUGUGGAUGAUGUGACCAGAGAGCUGCAUGAGAAAGGCUGUGGGGCUAAUACACCUUCGUCAAGUUCUCCUGAGGUCUCUGAAGAUGAAGAUGUCAAACCCUCAAAAAAGCACAAAAAAGACAAUAAAGAGAAAAAGCAAAAAAAGAAAGAAAAAGAGAAGACUGAACACAGAGAACUAGCAGAACCGCCGUCCCGCUCUUUGUCCUCCAGCAGCAAGACAGCAAAGGAAAAGGAUGACCAUGGCCCGAAGAAGCACAACAGCAAGAACUCAGAGAAAGCCCAGAAGUCUGAAUCCAGAGAGGGAAAGAAAAACCAACCAGACUCCCCUGAUGUCAGGAGUUCCUUCCAUGGUAGAGCAGAGGAUCCUGAGUGGGAGCCAAAGAAAGAGAAACCCAAGCAUGAGCAGAAGUCUUCGAGCAGGAGGGAAGGAGAAGAAAAGAGCAGAGAUAAGGAUAAAGGGAGGAGCUCAGGUGUUGCUUAUUCCAGCAGGCAUGGUUCCCUGAGCCCUAGGGUGUCAUGGGGUAUCCACCAGAGAAGACUGCCAAGAAGAGAAGACUGAGUUUAAGCCAAUAGACAGUCUUUAUUUGCUGGCCAGUGACUACACUGGCUGUUCAGGAUCCCAGUGUAGCACCCACCUUUCUCAGUACAUUUGUACUUUCUUAAGUACAAAAAACAUAUUCUGGGUUAAUAUACUUCAGUUAACAAGCCUGAAACAGAACUACAGAAGCCAAAAAGCAAGGUUAGUACAUUUAGAGUCUUUCCCCAAAGGCUUUUGUUUUCAUUUUUGUAGGUGGGCUAUCUAUGUGCUGAAUUUUACAUUCUGAAUGAUACUUCUACCAUGGCGUCAGUAUUGCUAAGGUCUAGGACCCUGUUACAUUCCCCAAUGGUCUUAGUGAAUGAGUCAAAUCACGGACUUAUUCUGCUCUAAAUCGUGUAGUUGGUCCUAAGGAACAUUAAUUUUACUGAACUAAUAUGUAAUUGGCCAUAUCGUUUAACAUGCAGGGUCCUAGCAUUAAUCCAAUCGGAAUGAGAAUUAAAGGUCCAGUCAGUGCUGAUGGCAGAGUAGUUAGCCAGGGGGACCAAGAGAACAGAAACUGGUAUCAAUUAUCUCAUUUGUCUUUGCCUCUUUUGCUUUUUAAAAUUUUCCCCAAACAAGGCAAGAUUUUCUCUAAUUACUCCUGAUUAAUUGGCAUGGAAAUACAAGUUUCUCCCAAAGUCAUUCAUAGUUUCCUUUAUCUCAUGAGAAGUAAGUCUAAGCCUCUCCAAUUUUGUACGACCAUUUCUACAAGGGAAUCUAACUGUUGCUUUCAUUCAGAAAUGAAAUCUUUUAAUACCUCUAGGUCCAGAUCAACCUGUCUGUUUUUGGCAAGCAUCAAAAAGGCAAUUUAGUCAAACCAUUAGGACAUGCCCACCAAGUAGUCUCAGGGGCUAGGUAAUAUGCUUGUUGUCCAGAAGAAUUAACCCUUAAGGCAGAAUAGCAGGCAUCAGAAGAAGGGGAAGUGCCUAGAUUAAAGGUUUUGGAUAGUAGACAGGUUUCAGCCUCUUGUAAAUCCUUCAAUGUUAAUUUGGGGUGGCCCUAGUCCUAGUGAGUUUUGUCAGUGGACUGACAGGCUGGGUAGUUCCUAUCCCUAUGUAGUCUGGCGGCCUGUGUGUGUGUGCGUGUGUGUGCGUGUGUGUGCGUGUGUG